UUGGGAGCCGCGUACAGCCGCGGUCGGAUGGGCCUCGUGAAAUCCGAUAAGAAAGCCGCGAAAAUUUACCGUCGCGCCGCGGAGCUCGGCGACGUGGAAGCGAUGGUAGCUCUUGCGGAAUUGCAUAAGACUGGAAGUGGCGUCAAGCUGGACAAUAAGAAGGCGAUGAAACUGUGUCGCAUGGCCGCAGAUCGGGGCGACGCGGUCGCACAAAACAAUGUAGCGUUUUUACUUGAUUCUGAGACGAAAUUUGAAGAGGCGUUCCGGUACUUCGCGCUCGCGGCGGAUCAAGGCUAUACCGCUGGAGAGCUCAACCUAGGCUUUUGUUACAGGGGCGGAGAAGGCACGGAAGUCGACCUCGGCAAAGCCAGAUACUGGUUUGAGCGCGCCGCUGCCAAGGGCGACGAG